GGCGAGACAUUCCAAACAGUCAGCAAUAUGUUCAAUAUACCUGUCUCAACCAUUCGUUUCUAUAUGGCACGAAAAGGCAUUCUUCCGAAGCGAAAACGCGGACGUGGAGCCUCUCAUGCGGGAAAUUUAUUUACAACAGCGAAUGCAGAUACCGUACUAAAGAGCGGCAAUAAAAACGCAAGUGGAAGCAAUAGUCCAGCGGCGGUAACGGCAACUUCUAAUUUACCGUCCCUAGAAAUUGGCACAACAGCGGCUGGUGUGCCUUUCCAUAUCCUUAGCGAUGCGUCGACUUUCGCACUGAGCGAGCAGCACCAAUUACAUAUGAUCUAACCAUGCUGCUUACCUUUGUUUAGCCUGACAUUAAUGCAUAUUUGAAUUGAGAAUGAGGUUUUGUAAACGCUUUGUUUUGUGCUAUAUGUCAGGUUGAUGGUAUGGAAAACAUAAGAUUUGUAUGACUGCUGAUAAAGAAAACGAAUGCCUAUGAGUUUUUUUUUGGCUUCUUAUAUUCCUCAUACAACAAAACGCACGCCAUGUUAAAGAUAGCCAUGUGGUAAACACAGCAAAAUUUCAACCAAGAACAUCAAUUUAAAUACAAUAUAAAUUAUUGUAUGUGUUUAAAAAACAACAUACGCUAAUCGCAUUAUACAUUGCUAUCAAGGCUUUCCAGCUGCUUCCUGAAUUUAAAUGUUUUUAGUGUUAGCAUUCAGUUUCGCUUUGGUUAAUAUUUAAAAAUCUCGUUAUGCAUAAUUGAAGUGAAUAAUAAUAAAGACUUAUUUUUUAGUUAGUGCAUUUACAAUGACGACUACUUCUUGAAUUUUCAUAUUAUAUGCAAUCAUCUUCUAUUGUCUACUGUUAUUCAUUUUAUGUCUGUCUUCGUUUCAUAACUUGAUUAUACCACACUCAUGAGUUAAC